UUUAAGUUUAAAACGAUUUGAUACAAAUAGGUUAUUAAUCGAUUAGUUGUGUAUCAAUAUACAGAACACAACGGAUGUUACUAAUCAACAGUCGAAAUGGCUUGUUAAGUAAAGAGUGGGUAAUUAAAUAAUAAACGAUAAAGGCAAAUUAAUCUAUGACCAGCCCAUUUUCAACUGAAUUGUACAGUGUACACAAUGUAUUAUAUUCUCAAAUGUUGACCAAUAACAUAUUGAUAGGUUGCGCAAUAAAACCAAAACCUGUUUAUAAAUUAUUUCCUAAACAAGUUUCUAUUACCUGGCUUAUCAAUUUUUAUAAUAUAAAAACAAGUUUUAGUUUUGUUACUUGUUAGUUGUUACCAACAAUAUGAGUAACUACAAAUUAAUUUUAGGUAUAGAUAUAGGUACUAGUUCUAUAAAAAUAAGUAUAAUCGAUGGCAAAACCUUAGAACUGGUCGAUUCAAAAUCCAUCUCACCCAAUGCUAAAGUAAAAUCAAACAAUCCAAGAGGCGAUGAACAAAAUGUGCUUAAGAUUUUCAAAGCAUUACAAAAAUGUAUAAGCUUGUUCCCUGAAAAUCUGUUAAAGCAGGUUGAAGGAAUUGGUGUAUGUGGCCAAAUGCACGGAAUAGUAUUUUGGAAAAAACAGUUUAUUCAAACGUUAUGGGACAAUCAUUUUAACAUAGAAAAAUCUGAUUUAGUUUCAAAUUUAUAUACCUGGCAGGAUGCUAGGGUAGAUGCUUCAUACUUAGAAAAACUGCCAAAACCUAAAUCGCAUUUGAAUAUUUAUUCUGGCUAUGGAUGCAGUACAAUAUUUUGGUUAAAUGAAAACCAAAUAAAUGAAUUAAACAAAUAUAAAUAUUGUGGAACAAUUCAAGAUUUAAUUGUAUCAAUACUGUGUAAUCGAGAAGAUUCUAUUAUGUCAACUCACAAUGCUGCUAGUUGGGGUUAUUUUGAUGUGAAAAAUAAUGCCUGGAAUAUUAAUAUCCUUAAAAAAGCAAAUUUUCCUACAAAUUUAUUGCCAUCUACAGUAAUUCCUGGAACACUAGCUGGGAAUUUGUUUAAUACGAUGUAUGGAUUACACAAAGGAAUUGUAAUCGGAGUUGCCCUUGGUGAUUUACAGUGUUCUGUGUUAGCUCAUUUUCCAUCAUUAAAAGAUGCAAUUAUUAAUAUUUCUACGUCUGCUCAAGUUGCCUACAUAACCAACCAUGUUGAACAAACAUCUGCAGUAGCUGCUUCUUUAAAUGGGGGAAAUGCUUUGGAUGUACUAGUAAAAUCUAUUUUUAGUUGGAUAAAAGACCUUGGACUAUCUGUAACAGAAGAGGAUUUAUGGAACCGAUUGUUAAAUCUUUCAUCUGAAGAAAAUACAACAUCUCUUAUUGUUAACCCGCUAAUGAUGGGCGAAAGACACGAUCCCUCCACUUAUGGGUCAUUAUUAAAUAUUACAAAUAAUAACUUAUCUGUGGGUCAGAUAUAUUCAGGAUUUUGUAAAGGAAUUGUUAAUAAUUUACUGAAAAUGAUGCCAAAAGAAAUGUUAUUGAAUGCUGAUAUUAAAAAAAUUAUUGGAACCGGGACAGUCAUAGUUAAGAACAGCAUAAUAAGACAUGAAAUUGAAAAAAAUUACCACAUGCCUUUAAUUGUAAAAGAAACUGGAGAUGCCGCUUUUGGCGCUGCUUUAUCUAUGGUAAAAAUAAAUAAAGGAUUUUUUUAAUGAUAUCUAAAUAAUUAAUAAUUUGUUACCUAAAUUAUUUUCAUAAUAUUAAAAUAAUAAGUUGAUGUUUAUUAAGACAAACAGAUAAUUAUACACUUUUAAAAUUUACAUAAGCACUUCUAUCUUUAAGUAUAAAUUUAAAUUAU